GACCCUGGAAAUAAUGUCAUUAAGAUACAAUCAAACUUAGAAAAUUAGGAUUUUUUUUUUUUUUUGUGAGUGCAGCUGUAUACGAUAGCAGGAAGAGUUUACUUACAAUGAGAAAAUCACUUAUCUCAUUGUAAAUAAUAAUAAUAAUAAAGUUGUACUGGGCUAGUUAUAAAGUUGUGGAUUUCUUUACGCUUGUUUGGCUGCUUCUGCAUGCCCCUCUUGCUGCUGAGAAGUGAAGCAAAGUUGUGACUACAUAGCAAGCAAACACUGUGGGUAGUCCACCCUGUUGACAGAAAGUCAGGAAGUGGGAAAUACUUGGUGAAAAGCUGGGUUCAGUAAGACUUUGAAAUGAAGCGACAUGCGGGUUUUUCUUCCUUUAUUUUUCUUUUUUAAAUUUCUUUUGUUUUGUUUGUUUCUGUUUUCCCGGUGUGGGAAUGAGAGUGGAGUGUUGGCUUCUGUCUGUUGACAGGCCUUCUUACACUGAAAUCCUGCAAGCAACGAAAGAGGUCUAUGAAGUUGGGAGAUACUAAUUUUGUCUUGGGCAAUGCCCAGAUAGUGGAUUGGCCUAUUGUGUACAGCAACGAUGGAUUUUGCAAGCUAUCAGGAUAUCACAGAGCAGAAGUUAUGCAAAAAAGCAGCACCUGCAGUUUUAUGUAUGGAGAGCUGACAGACAAAGACACAAUUGACAAAGUCCGGCAGACGUUUGAGAACUAUGAGAUGAAUUCCUUUGAAAUCCUGAUGUACAAGAAGAACAGAACACCUGUCUGGUUCUUUGUGAAAAUUGCUCCAAUCCGAAAUGAGCAGGAUAAAGUGGUUUUAUUUCUUUGCACUUUCAAUGACAUAACGGCUUUCAAGCAGCCCAUUGAGGAUGAUUCAUGUAAAGGUUGGGGAAAGUUUGCUCGCUUGACCCGUGCCCUCACAAGCAGCCGAGGAGUGCUGCAGCAGCUUGCUCCAAGCGUGCAGAAAGGAGAGAAUGUUCACAAGCACUCACGUCUUGCUGAGGUACUGCAGCUGGGCUCCGAAAUUCUCCCACAGUACAAACAAGAAGCACCAAAGACUCCACCACAUAUAAUUUUGCAUUAUUGUGUUUUCAAGACUACCUGGGACUGGAUCAUCUUGAUUUUAACCUUCUACACGGCUAUUUUGGUCCCUUAUAAUGUCUCCUUUAAAACCAAACAGAACAAUGUGGCAUGGCUAGUAGUGGACAGCAUUGUAGAUGUCAUUUUUUUGGUAGACAUUGUACUUAAUUUCCACACCACGUUUGUGGGACCAGCAGGAGAGGUGAUCUCUGACCCAAAGCUGAUUCGCAUGAAUUACUUGAAGACCUGGUUUGUGAUCGACCUGCUCUCAUGCUUGCCAUAUGAUGUGAUCAAUGCUUUUGAGAACGUUGAUGAGGGCAUCAGUAGCCUCUUCAGUUCACUUAAAGUGGUCAGACUACUUCGCCUGGGUCGUGUCGCUCGGAAAUUGGAUCACUACAUAGAAUAUGGAGCAGCAGUCUUGGUUCUGCUGGUGUGUGUGUUUGGUCUCGCAGCACACUGGUUGGCCUGCAUUUGGUACAGCAUAGGAGACUAUGAAGUUAUUGAUGAGGAUACAAACACGAUCCGAACCGAGAGCUGGCUCUAUCAGCUGGGAAUGUCAAUAGGAACACCUUACCGUUUUAACACAUCUGGCUUUGGAAAAUGGGAAGGUGGGCCAAGCAAGGAUUCUGUCUACAUCUCCUCAUUGUAUUUUACAAUGACCAGCCUCACCAGUGUUGGAUUUGGAAACAUUGCACCGACUACAGAUGGGGAGAAGAUCUUUGCUGUUGCGAUGAUGAUGAUUGGCUCCCUUCUGUAUGCAACCAUUUUUGGUAAUGUGACAACCAUAUUUCAGCAAAUGUAUGCUAAUACGAACAGAUAUCAUGAAAUGCUGAACAGUGUCCGAGACUUUCUAAAGCUCUAUCAGGUCCCUAAAGGACUGAGUGAACGUGUGAUGGAUUACAUUGUCUCCACCUGGUCAAUGUCCAGAGGAAUAGAUACUGAAAAGGUUUUGCAGAUAUGCCCUAAGGAUAUGAGAGCAGACAUUUGUGUUCAUCUGAACCGCAAAGUUUUCAAAGAGCACCCAGCCUUUAGGCUGGCAAGCGAUGGGUGCCUUCGAGCACUUGCAAUGGAAUUUCAGACAGUGCACUGUGCCCCGGGAGACCUGAUCUACCAUGCUGGUGAGAGCGUCGACAGCCUUUGCUUUGUGGUUUCGGGGUCUUUGGAAGUCAUCCAGGAUGACGAGGUUGUUGCUAUAUUGGGCAAAGGAGAUGUUUUUGGUGAUGUCUUCUGGAAGGAGUCCACCCUUGCCCAGUCCUGUGCAAAUGUAAGGGCUUUGACCUACUGUGAUCUUCAUGUGAUUAAGAGAGAUGCCUUGCAGAAAGUGCUGGAGUUCUAUACAGCUUUUUCACACUCCUUCUCCAGAAAUCUCAUUUUGACUUACAACUUGAGAAAAAGAAUUGUAUUCCGGAAAAUCAGCGAUGUGAAACGAGAAGAAGAGGAGAGAAUGAAAAGGAAGAAUGAAGCCCCCCUGAUUUUGCCACCAGAUCACCCUGUCCGCCGACUGUUUCAGAGGUUCAGGCAGCAGAAGGAGGCACGGCUUGCAGCUGAGAGAGGCAGAGAUCCAGACGACCUGGAUGUGGAGAAGGGCAACAUCCUAGGCGAGCACUCCUCCGCACGCUCAGUGGUCAAAGCCAGCGUUGUGACCGUACGGGAGAGCCCUGCAACCCCUGUGUCAUAUCAGUCAGCUUCAACCUCUGGGACUUCUGACCAGGCAAAGCUUCAGGCCCCCACGUCAGAGUACACAGGAUGUAAAGCAUCAGGGGAUUACCCCCGGAGAAAAGGCUGGGCCAAAUUCAAAGACGCCUGUGGGAAAGGUGAAGACUGGAAUAAAGUCUCUAAAGCAGAAUCUAUGGAGACGUUACCAGAGAGAACUAAAGCUUCAGGAGAAGCUACCCUGAAGAAGACAGACUCUUGUGACAGUGGCAUUACAAAAAGUGACUUGCGCUUGGAUAACGUUGGGGAGACAAGAAGCCCACAGGACCGCAGCCCGGUCCUCACCGAGGUCAAGCAUUCCUUUUAUCCUAUCCCAGAACAGACUCUUCAGGCUACCAUGCUAGAAGUGAAACACGAAUUGAAAGAGGACAUCAAGGCUUUAAACACAAAAAUGACCAAUAUAGAAAAACAGCUCGCUGAGAUACUUAGGAUAUUGACCUCAAGAAGAAGCUCCCAGUCACCACAGGAGUUGUUUGAAAUAUCAAGGCCCCAGUCUCCAGAAUCAGAAAAAGACAUGUUUGGAGCUAGCUGAGGUGUUCCUUUAUAAAAAACAGUCAAUCAAAUGAACACCCCCCCCUAACAUUUUAAAUUUAAUCUUGAAAACAAGUGAGGGACCAAUUCACUAAGCAUGUUCCCUAUGUCUAAAAAGGUACAGUAGCAGGAAUUGCAACCUCAUGUCAAGAUGGCAGCUGGCUCUGAAGUCUUUUUGACAGCAAGGGUACAGUUUAUAAAGCUUUUCUUUUCUCCAUUGGUGCCCAUUGUCCCCACUCCCUCUUUCUCCCUCAGGAUGUUGGAAUAAGAGCUCCGAAAGCAGCAGCCAUCCCUGUGAGCGCCAGGUGACCUCUUAGGUUUUUGGAGCAUGCCUUAUGUAGUUAGCUCAGUUUUUGCCUAUAUGAAUAAGGACUGGCCAGGGUGCUUGUGCUUUCAGCAUUUUUUUUUUUUGCUGCUGCUGUUGUCACUGUUUCAGUCACCCGUACAGCAUGUUAAAUGCCACAGUAUAUUUUCAUGUACUUGUAAUAAAGCAAAGAGGAGUAGAAUUUGUGCUACUCAAUACCAAAGUUACUUUUGGGUAGUCAAGGGACAGCUAAGAAGAUGGGAAAAAAUGUAAAAAAAAAAAAACCAAAAAAACAACACACAAAAAAACCCCUCAAGUCUGUUAGUAAAUGGGUUCAUCCACAUUUUCAUUCUUUGAGUCAGGAUAUUGAUUUUCAAAAUCUUGACUUCUGUCUCAGAUGUCGUAGAACAUUACCUGUGUUUUUAAUUUCUGCUGGAGGACAGAGGUUUGGGUGUGCUGUGUACCUGCAGAACGUGCAGAACACUUUCUGCCCACUGCAGAAUGUGUUGUGUGUCAGUGUCAAUAACCAUUCUGCAGAUUUGCCUCCCUGUGAAAAUAUACUGUAGCAAUUAUGUCCUGUCUUUGCUAUGAAUCUGCUCUUUUGAUUCCUGUUAAAUUAUUAUUCAGAAGUUUCUGUUUUGGUAGUGUUCCUUGUAGCCAAAGGCUUUCACAGAACUUUCAUAGAAUUUAAAUUGUGGCAUUUUUCUCUAUAUCCGGAUGUAUUGUUAUUGAUCUAAUCUAUGUAGAAAGUAAAUGGAGGUAGAAACACAGUGCUUACUGUAUACAAGUGCUAUUGUAGCAAGGAAACAAGAAGAUCUGCUUCUUAAAGAAGGAGAUGUUUCCAAAACUUAUAUUUUCAUAACUUUUUUGGAGGAAGAUUGAAGCACUUUACCAAAAUGACUGUUCAUUAUUCAUUAUUUAGGGUAGCAGAGAAGAUUCCAUACCUUGGGACAUAGGUAUAGAUCUGCAGUAAAUUCUCUCCACUGGUCUGGUAUGCUCACUAUUUAACCGUAGGUUAUUGUCCAGAAGCAUGGUGCAACUGUUGAGCUUUUCAUUCUCACUGGCAGUAGGUCCUAACACACUGUGGGAGUAGUUCUCAUUCUUUUUCUAUGGUACUAACUCAUUUACAUUAAAAAAAACACAUAAAUUUUUGGAGCAGAUAUGAGAUUUGGGUUAAGUAAGGAAGAGAGAAGGGAAAUGACCAAUUAGGAAGGAUUUCUGGUGGCCUAAUGCUUGCAUGGGGCCAUGCAGAAUUAUGCCAUACAUCCUUGGGGAAGUGCAAGGCCCACCAGUGAAACUGCACACACGGUAUUGGGACUGUGCUAUGCAAAGCUACGAGCUCAGGCCUUGAAGGCAGUAAGUUUGUUUUAUCUGUUCUGAGGACAGCACUGCAGUUUGCAGCUGCUUUAGGGUUAGCUUUCAAGGGUCUUGCAUGCUGGUUCAGUACAGGAGUGUCCACAAAUAAUAAAUUUUAAUCAAGUCUUGAAAGAUUCCCGAAAUGCAUCUGGAUCAAAUCUGUCUGCAACUUUCUACUUCCCCUACAGAAAGAAAAGGCAUUACAGAAGUGACUUGCUAGGAAACAGUGAAACAGAGGUGCCAUUUCCUAUAUUUAUUUCUAGUUCCAAGUUUGGGUUUUUCCAGUGGAAGCUGGUGUCUUUUGCAGUUAUGUCUGGGGCAUACUGAGGAGAGCUUUUUUGACCAAAGUCACGGUGUGUUCGGUGCUUUAAUCACUAUGAAUGGCAACAGCUACCUGCAAUAGCUAUGCCAUUUCCAUAAGGGAUCCAUACAACUGCAGUUUCAGAUUAGAAUUACUAUGUGUUUUCCUCUCCGAACUCCUCGGUCAGUAAAUUCAUUGGGCAGUGAAAUUAGGUAAAAAUAAACUACAGGUUUGCAAGUAUACAUGUAUUUGUAAUCAGUGCCCCAGAGUUGCAGAGGGGUUUGAGCGGUUCACUUGGUGCCAGUUUUCUAAUCCAGGCAAAUUACUCAUCAGCGUUGUGUUUCCUUUGUAACAUGUUUGAAAGGCUGGAAGUCUUGCUGAACUCAGCUGGCAGCCAGCUACCUGCAGUCUGAUAAACAUGGAAAUUAGCUUAUCCCAGACAGAUAAGAGGGGAAAUGUUUGUUGCCCCCAAGGUAUGUGCCUAACGUCUCAAGUGUUGCAGUGCAGAUGUAGGAUUAGAUCCACAGUUGCAGGUUACCUAGUCCUCUGUUGCUGAGUCCAUGUUAACGUUUCUCAGUGGUAUCUUUCAUGUGUCCUCAGGGAUAUGUUUAAGGUUUUUCUGGUGUUGCUGAUUGCCUAAUCCUGGAGUCAAGGCAGGGUUAAUCCUAGAAGCCUCACAAUUAUUUGCAUCACCACAUGCGGUUCGGUGAGUAAAGGAGCAUAAGUCCCCAUUUCUGAGGGCACUCCAAGUGCAGCCUGAAGUUUAGUUCAGUUUGGAACACAGGUACGUGCUCCAUGGCCAGGGCUGGGUGAAGCACAGAGUCCAUUUUUAAGGCUUUUAUGAGGCCUUUUUAAGAGCCUAUAAAGUCAGUUAUAAUCCACUCGUAUAGCUUUCAAAGAUUGUAAUAUACUCUGGAAUUACACUUAAAAUGUAAUGUCACUGAAGAUUAUGGCCAAAUUUGAUUCUGUUGCAGUCAUGAAUCUCCAGAAGAACUUGCACUCCUUCCAAUGACACCUUCAAGGCAUCUGCUCCAGGUCAGCACUGAAGUGGGCAAUGUCACUGAGAUUUGCACAGCUCUAACAAGUCAGAACUAUUUUAUUAUGAUUUCAUGAACUGGCAGGUACUAAAGCUAGUUGUAGAAGACUGCAUCAUCCCUUAGUAACCACUAUGUAUUGUGAAGGAAUCUGAAAAAAUAUAAUAUUUAGGAUGAGCUUUGGUCUUUGGAUUCCCUGGGCUACUUAGUGGUAAAUAAGCGAAACCUUGUCUGCUAUGGGACUCCUUUGACCCUCAGACUAGUUUGGACCUGUAGUGUAUUGCCCAGGCUCAGCAGAUGAAGAGAGAUUUGUUUAGGGAGUGACUGAAAGCAGCUAUGUUGUAAAUCUGUCUUUCUCCAUUGAGCCUUAAACUUGGAUGCCUAAGGCUGGGUGGUGCGCAUAUCCACGGUAAUUGUUACUUAUUCUUCCAUUUUAUUUGUGAGCUUUUCCUUUUAUUUGUGUUGGGUAAGCCUUUUCACUUAAAUUAUUUUUCAUCUUAGAAAUGGAUGACCUCUGAACAUGAGAUUCUGCCCCUUAACAAGGAAGCGGUUUACAUUCUGUGUUCUGGCACAGUGCUUCCACCACUUAACUACCUGCUAAACAACCCGUGUUAACGAACAAGAGAUUGUGUCCCAUUUUUACCCUAUGGUGGAAUGAGAUUUCAGUCAAAAGCUGGUAGUUCAGAGGAAGAGCUGGGGCUCAGGGUUGUUACAAAGGGAGCUUGUAGAAGUUCAUACUUAACAAGAAUACCAAUAUGCAGCACAGGAUUUAAAAAGCAAAACCCAACCCUCAUCCCUUCCAUGUUCAGCUACAUUGACUUCUGUCUGGUAUUACCUGUAUACUUUUACAAACACCAUUCUUGCUUUAAAUCUCUUUCACAGUGCUGCUCUGAAUCCCAGCGAACACCCUGUUUAGCAGCUUCGAAGGUGAUGUUCUGCUUCUACAGUACUUCACUUUAAUGAACUG